AUGGCUGAGCCAAAAGGAGCGACUGGAGGUGGAGAGGGCAGCAACGAAAAGAACGGCUAUAACUUACAGGAGAAUUGCGUCGAGUACAGCGUUUUCCUUGUUGACCCCGACGCUACAAAUGAUCCAAUGAAGCAUCUUUCCCGACUCGAAGAUCUACGAAAAUCUGCUUUGCAGCUCGCAAGCAGCCUGACCACCGACUACAUUUGGCAAAAGGGCCUGUUUACGCUCGAGGUGGUAACAGAGCAAGGCAAUUCGUUUCUACGGGGAACGACCGACUACGGAGAUGCGAUCGAGGAUGAAUGGCUGAUUGUCUUCAUCCUCAGAGAGCUUUCCAAAGCUCAGCCUACUAUAUGGAUCCGUGUCUUUGACGCCGAUGGAGAGUUUCUACUCAUAGAGGCAGCCAACGUUAUUCCAAAAUGGUUAAGUCCCGAGACAGACCACAACCGCGUUUGGAUCAACCACGGCCAUCUACGAAUCAUCCCCCACACACCCGAAAACGGCGCCAAAUCCCGGCUGUUGACAGUAUCAGACGCUUUGCGCGUCAUCAAGGCCACCGCCGAUUCCCUUUUGCACUCAGAGUUCAUAGAGGCUGAGGCCUUCUAUCGUCUCGAAAAAUAUCCUGGCCAGAUUCGCAAGUCUAUACACCACUCGCUCGUGACGAUUCCUCGGAGACUUGCCCUUGUCCUGCGCCAAACUCCUAGAGCCGUUGCACCAGCUGUGGAGUCAUUCUAUCUCCGUGAUGCGCUAGAUCUGAACGCUCUCCUGUCCCGCAAGAACAAUCUAACUUUUCCCCCGAUCGAUAUGGUCACAUUGAGCGUAAAAUUCACCAGGGUGUUAUUCGCUCAACUCAGAUCGCAACGGUUCGAGCCUCCUGCCCCUUGGGCUGAUGUCAUCCAACGGGCCAAGGGGGUCGAGCGCACGCGCUUGGAGAUGGGCAUGAAACUCACGUCUGGAUUCGAAAUAAUGCUCAACAACAUUGACAAGGCUGAUAGUCGUGAAGCCCGGGCGGCUAGCAUCGUUGUCCAGGACCUCGAUGAAGACGGAGAUUCAGUGCUCCCCACGGACGAACAAAUCCUUAGCUGGAAAGACGUCAAUCGUGAUGAUGACGAGUCCUGGAUGGACAUCAAUUAUGAAGAUUUUGAAAAAGAGCUGUCGGGACGUCAAGGCGAUGCUCAGUCUGAACCGAAACCAAGCUUUGGAGAUGCUACAACACAAGCAGACCUGCGCAAAAUUGUCUCCCGGUUCGAGGCCUUCCUCAAUGAUGAAAACGCCGGGCCAGACGGUGCUGAGGUCGAUGAAAUGGACAUCGACGACGACGAAUUCGAGGGCAGAGAUGGCGAGGAAGGGGGGACAGAUGAAGAUGACGAGGAUGAAGACAAGGCGGUCAGCUUCGAUGAGGCGGAGUUCUCUCGUAUGAUGAGAGAGAUGAUGGGACUAGCACCCGCAGAGUCCGACGUUUGUGAUACUCCAGGCAAAUCGGCGGCGGCAAGAGAAAACACUACACCGGCCGGCCGGGACGAGGAGUCUGAUGAUGGUGACGUUUGGAAGCUCACCGCUGAGUUGGAAGCAGAGCUCAAUGAACAUGGUGCUCUGAAGUUGGAUCAACCUCAAGACAGGGUCCUUUCAUCUAGCGACCAAGGGAAAAGGCAGGCGCCUGGUGGGGCAGGCAGUGUGCAUGACGCAAGUAAUGAUGAUGGGGAGGCAGAUGACGAAGUUGACAUUGACUACAAUUUAGCCAAGAACCUUCUCGAGAGCUUCAAAGGCCAGGGAGGUAUGCCAGGUCCGGCCGGCAACAUUCUAGGCAUGAUGGGACUCCAGCUUCCGCGAGACGAAGAUGACAAUGCAAGGGAAGGCAAGCAAGAAUAA